CCACACGUCUAGGCUGAUCUGCGCGCUGCGCCUGGCUCAUCGCUCGAGUCCCAGUGCUGUAGUUCAGUCAAUGCACUUUGUGCACACGGUGUGAGUUUUGGCAAUAAUUAACUACUAAUUCUCGAGCGUAUCGAGGCUGCCUCAGUAAUUUGCAGUUACGACUGAGUGCGAGUUGCGACAAGCUGCAUAAAACGCGACGCUUCACAAGCGCCAACUGCACAGCUACGACAGCGUAAAAGGAUUACGAACUCAAGAGCGGGCUGACGGUCGCUCAACGCCGUUGUGGACGUAUUUUUGCCCAGAAGCUGACGCCAUUUUAGGUGGAGAGAGAAAGAGAGAGCGAGAGUAGCAUUUGCCAGUGAUCCCCGAUUGCCAUUGCCCGUAUACGUGUUACGUAUAGUCUGUCUCUUUCUCUCCCGAGUAAACUUAUAUGACUGUAUCGUUCGAGCCUCGCUAUUGAAGAAAAUGGUGACCAGUUCAGUGUUGUUAUAAGCAUCGCUUAGUUUUAUCGGGUAUCCAAACCAUGUUGCAAGCGUACGAUAAUUUGAGCAGCUGAUUAACGACAAGCAAUUCUUUCAUUUCCCGUAACUCUUACACUCUAUCGUUACGGACAAUGGAGGCCGACGUGAGAAGGCACAACACUAGUCUACAAGGAGAACUUUAUUUUCUCAUCGCCAAAUUUCUCUCCGACGGACCGUGCAGCGAAGUCGCCAAUGUGUUGAAGAGGCAGUUGGAACAGGCUAAGCUUUUGCCUUCAAGAAUAGAUUGGCUAGGCAAUCAUCAUGAACAAACUUUUGAAGAAUUGGAAACAAAAUAUCCCCACAUUGGAACACAACAUUUGCUUCAAUUAUGUCAACGUAUGGGGCCAGUGCUGGAAAAGGAUGUUCCUCCUAUCAUCAAAGGAGCCGCAUCAAUGCUUGGUGCAGGCAAACAGUCCAUGCUUCGCACCAAAGAAGACAUGCUUCAUUCGUUUCGAAACAUAUCAACAUACUCUGCAAGAUUCGGUGGAAAACCUGUCUUAUGUCCUUCAGAUUUUUCUCAGGCAUUAAAUAUUGUAAAAGUUCUCCAAGGUCGAGAAAAUUCUGGUCCAAUAAGUCGGCGUGAAGCCAUACCUACGUCAAUUUAUAGUAAAAUUCAAAAAUAUCGUCACACAUUGGGACACUUGUCAGCUGUUUACUGUGUACUAUAUGAUAGGACAGGAAAAUAUGUGAUUACUGGUGCAGAUGACCUAUUAGUUAAAGUGUGGAGUGCAAUAGACGGACGAUUACUUGCAACUUUCCGUGGAGCUUCAUCCGAAAUUAUGGAUAUCGCAGUUAAUUUUGAUAACACAUUAUUAGCUGCUGGUAGCUUAGAUAGAAUUCUUCGUAUAUGGUGUUUUCAAACUAUGUCACCAGUGGCCGUUUUGUCUGGACACUCUGGUAUGAUAACCUCCGUCAAUUUUUGUCCAAUCAAAUGCAAUGGAGACAAUUAUCUUGUCACGACUAGCAGUGAUGGAUCGAUUGCUUUUUGGCCACAUCAUAAAGAAGGCAACGAUAGAGUUAUUUUCCAAUCGAAACCAAUACAAUAUCAUGAAAAAAUACGUCCAGGACAGGCCCAAAUGAUUUGUGCUUCAUUUAGUGCUGGUGGCUCAUUUCUAGCUGCCGGAUCUGCCGAUCAUCAUGUACGUGUUUACAGAAUGAUCACUAAUGAAGGGCCCAAACGGGUUUUAGAAGUCGAAGCUCAUUCUGAUACCGUUGACAGUAUUCAAUGGGCUCAUUCUGGACUAAAAUUUAUAUCUGGUUCAAAAGAUGGAACAGCCAAUAUAUGGCACUUUGAACAACAAACUUGGCAUAAUCAAAUGCUCUUUAUGACCACCAAAUUACCUGGUGGCACUGAAGCUGAUGAAGACACGAGUAAAAAGCUUAAAGUAACCAUGGUAUGUUGGGAUCGAAGUGAUGAAUUUGUUGUUACUGCUGUCAGUGAUAGUACACUCAAAAUCUGGGAUUCUAAAUCCGGCAAUCUUAUUCGAGUUUUAAGAGGACACUUGGACGAAAUAUUUGUACUCGAAUCCCAUCCAAUUGAUCCUCGUAUUAUUCUCAGUUCUGGACACGAUGGUCAACUUUUCGUUUGGGACGUUUUGAUUAAUAAGCCUCUCGCUAAUUUUCAAAAUGUCAUUGAUGGGCAAGGUAACGGUGCCAUUUUUGAUGCCAAAUGGUCACCGGAUGGUACUAUGCUGGCCGCUACUGAUUCACAUGGUCAUCUGAUUAUGUAUGGCUUUGGUUCAAUGGCUGAAAAACAAAAGUUGGUUCCUAAAGAGUUAUUCUUUCAUACUGAUUACCGGCCGCUUAUUCGAGAUGCAAACAAUUAUGUGCUGGAUGAACAAACACAAACAGCGCCACAUUUGAUGCCGCCGCCUUUCCUAGUCGACGUUGAUGGUAAUCCUUACCCACCUGCCAUACAAAGACUGGUACCAGGUAGAGAAAAUUGUCAUGGCGAGCAACUAGUUCCUAAUGUUGGAGUUGGGGCCAAUGGUUUGCAAGAAGUAAUCGAUGGGCUGCCAGGAGAAAUGCCGCGUUCGAACAUCGAAGCCUUGAUUGAAGAGUUAGCGCACCGUCGACGUAUUCCUGGAGCAAAUGAAAAUCAGGAAGGUAUCAACGAAAUUGAAGAUGUAGAUAUAGAGGGUAAUGACGACAAUAUAAAUGAAAAUGAUCAAGAACAAUCUGUAGACCAUGCAGUAGUACCUGUAGUUUCUAAUAGAUUAAACAAUGGCACAAGUAGACAUAGCGAAAACGUAGGUGUUCGUCAAAGCAGUGGUAAUUGGCAACAUGACAAUACUACACCCUGGAACAAACCCAUACUUGUGAAGCCACUGAAACGUGCUAUUUUACGUACUCAAUAUUCUCAAAUAAACGAAUUGGCUGUUAUGGAAAUUGAUAAUUAUGAAAAAGAAAUGCAGAAGAAAGCCCAGGUUACUAACUCUUUAAGUCAAAAUAAAUUACAGGUCAAAGGAAAGAGAAGAAGUCAGGUUUCUCAUGGUUAUAGAACCAGAUCUACCCGUAGUAAUGAACCUGUCGAGGAAGAGGCAGAAGAUGAAGAUGAUUCUGAGAACGAAGCUUCGGCAUCUUCAGAAUCGUCGAACUCGUCAAACGAGGAUGGAUUAAGUUCAGAUAGCCCAAGUUCUGACAGUAGUGAUGAGUAUUCAGAUUGGAUAGCUGAUCAUGGAGAAAUACUAGAGCCACCAAAACGUAGUAAAAGAAAACGCGUAGAGAGACGAUCUGAAACACCUCCCAGUGAUGCGGAGACGAAAAAAAGAAACCAAAGACCUAGAAAAAAGGCCAAACCAUAUGUUGGAGAACCGACUACCAUACCUGAAAUCUAUCGACCGUCGGAAUGGCUAAGCGAAGUAAUACCAAGAAAAGCUCCUUAUUAUCCACAGAUGGGCGAUGAAAUAGUUUAUUUUCGUCAAGGCCAUGAAAAGUAUUUAGAGGCUGUACGAAAAUUAAAAAUUUAUGAGCCUAGUAGUUCUUUCGAACCUUGGAAAAAACUCGACCUUCAGGCUCAAGAGUAUUGCAAAGUUGUUGGUAUAAAAUACGAGAUUCGUCCACCACGUUUAUGUUGUUUAAAGCUCGCUCAAAUGGACGCUGAAGGUCAUUUGACAGGUGUAUCGUUUCAAAUAAAGUAUCAUGACAUGCCAAAUGUUUUGGAUUUUCUCGUUCUUCGUCAAACUUUUGAUAAUGCUCUCGAAAGAAGUUGGAGCGAAGGAAAUAGAUUUAGGUGCAUGAUUGAAGAUGGUUGGUGGACUGGUCAAAUAGAAUCUGUACAGCCUUACUCCGAAGAUUUUCCAGCUUCAUACUUUCUGUGUUUCACUGUCAGGUGGGAUAAUGGUGAAACAGAAUGUAUGAGUCCAUGGGAUUUAGAACCUAUAGAUGAAACUCGUUUAUCAGCAGACGUAAAUGGAGCAGUACCAAUUUUGCCGGAAGAACUGGAAGAAACUUUAUAUCAGCCACAUGCAGAAGAAUGGCCUCUCGGAGAUCGAGAAGCUUCUUGUCGAAGAAUACUGCGUGGUCUUGAUCAGGUCAUGACAUUAUCCGCGGCAGAACCUUUUAAUGCGCCUGUCGAUCUCUCAUUAUAUCCAGCAUACGCUUUCGAAGUGGAAUAUCCAAUUGAUUUAUCAACUAUAAGAGCCCGCUUUGAAAACCGUUUUUAUCGACGUAUUACGUCUGCUCAGUUUGACGUACGUUACAUUGCAAGUAAUGCUGAAAAAUUUAAUGAACGUCACUCUCAAAUUGUAAAGCAAGCCAGAAUAAUCACUGACAUUUGUCUAAGAAUAAUCAAGGACGUGAAUGACGUGGAUGUAACAGCUGUUUACCACGGUAUAUCAAGUAAUUAUCAUUCAUCAUCAACGGAAUCAGAUGUCGAUGUUGAAGAUAUUAAUAAUCUGCCAUCCACAAGUGGACAGGUGUCAACUAGAAGAAUGGUUACUAGACGUUCCAAAAAGUCUCUAUUUGAUUCUAAAAAUUGGAAAGAAAACUGCAAAACCCUUUUAAGAAUGUUAUGGCAAUCGCCAGAUUCACAACCGUUUAAAGAACCUGUAGAUGAAAUGGAUCAUCCUACGUACAGCCAUAUCAUUGAGACACCUAUGGACUUGAAUCAAAUUCAAGAAGAUUUGCGAGGAGAUAAUUACGAAACUCUGAACGACUUUGUCAAGGAUGUAAGAUUAGUUAUUUCUAACAGCCGACGUUUUAACACUAAUCAGAGAUCUAAGAUAUAUGCCAUGACUGUCAGGUUAUCAGCGAUGUUUGAAGAACACCUGAAAACGAUAAUGAAUAUGUAUAAUUCUGAACAACGACGUAAAAAAAAGACAAAAACUCGAAGUAAUAACACUAGAAAAAAGAGUACUCCAGCUAAACAGCUGAGUAAUGGAGCAGGCCCAACUAGAAAACCAAUAGUUAGCAGUGACGAUGAGGAUGUAGAGGAUGACGAGAUGCAAGUGAAUGAGGUAGAUGAUUUCAGCGCACCUGGUCCAUCUUGUUCUACAAGAAAUAAUACUUUGCGUAGCCGAACUCGUCGAGCAGAACGAAAAAUUAUGAGUUCUGACGACGAUGAUGUCGAAGUAGAAAAAGAAGAAAAAAAUGAUAGUCAGUCUUCUAAUGUUAGUACAAGUGAACAGAGCGACGAUAGUAAACCACGUCGUCAAACAAGAUCAAGGAAAAAGAAGCAUGAUCUCAAUACUUAUGACGAUGACCAUUCUUCGGACGAAGAUUUUGAACCUACCCCACGAGGAAAACAGACUCGUAAUAUUCCAAUAAAGAAUUGUCGAAAAACCCGACCGAAUCGAACAGCCACAAACGGACGAAAAUAUUUGCAUAAUGAUGACGAAGAUGACGACUUAGACGAUGCAGAUGUCAAAGAACCUCAAAAGCAACAAAUUAAGAGAAAUGGCAUUAAAGAUAAAGAUAAUGACAAUGAAGAUAGUGAAGACAGUGAAGAUGACGAUAACGAAGACAGCGAUGAUGAUGAUGACGGAGAAGAAAGUCAAGAUAGCGUAAAAACUAUACCUAAAAUAAAUACGAGACUUCGAAGGACGCCUCAAAAGCGACCUAUUUUGGAGUCUAGUGAAGACGACGAUGAUCACAUUGGUAACGUGGUGGAAUGUAAUAUGACGGGUACAGUGGAACACGAUGUAUAUACUAAUAAUGAAUCUCUAACAGGCUUCGACCAAAAAAAUGAACAAGAAGAAAGUGACGAUCAUAAUCACGAUAAUAUUAAUGGAACAGCAGAACAACAAAGUGACACUGAUUAUGAUGACGAAGACGAUUCGAUGGAAAAUCAUCAAUCAUAUAGCAAUUCAUUAGAUUCACAAUCAAUCAAAUUUCCAACGCAAAAAACUUACAGAACAUUGGAUGCAGGAAGUAUUGGUCCUCGAAAAUCUAGUCGACAACGUACUGGUGGUAUUAAACGAGCACGUUAUAAGGAAGAAACCAGCGACGAAAACGAUGACGACGAUGAUGACGAUGACGAUGAAGAUGAUUAUGAUAAAAUGAACCGCGGCCUGCGUAAGACUAUCAAAAGAAGUAAAAGAACUAAUAAAUCAUACUGCGAAGAUGAAAUGAGUGACGAAGAAAAUCAACAGCGAUCUACCCUUGGUGUUAGUGUUAGUAGUCGGGGACGUAUCAGGAAAAUGACCCCUAAAGCUAUGCAGGCAUUUAGGUAAUAGUUGUUGAAUCGACCAUCAAGUAUGAUAGCAAUCGACAUAUUAUGAAUUUUCGACGAAUUUUAUUCUCGAGAAUAAAAAAAUCAAAUGUCCUGUGCAGAAAAAAGAUAGAACUACCAAUGAAAUAAUUAUGGACAAGACAUCAAUGAUAAAAUUUAUCAUUGUUUAUUUGACAUCAAUUUUCAUGUAUCACAAUUCUUCAUUAUGAAAUCUUCCUCGGUUUUCUGCCUUCAAGUCUAUUCUUGGAAAAAUUAUUAAUUUGGCAAAUGUGAUUACAUUAUUGAUUAUGUUAUUUAAUCAUAGGAAAUGUAAAAUGCAGUUUCAAAAGUAAUUUCCGACUUUUUAUCAAAAUGAGUGAUUCCUUGAAUGAAGGUAAUAAUGUUAAUUUCUUUAAGUUAACUAUCAAAAAUAUUUCAUGAAAGUUUUAUUUGGAAAGAAACCAUUCAAAAAUUAACAUAUAAAAUAUGAAUUGAUUGGACUGGUAAUUUUUUUGAAUCAUUACAAACGAGAUCUAAAAUUUUAAUUUUUAAAUCAUGGCUGAAAAGCAAAAAGAAUUUUUUUUUUAAUUUUAAAUAUUAUUUGGUUAUAUCCUUGAGAAAGUUUCUUCACGAUCUUAUAUUGAAAAAAUUAUCAUUUGACAGAUUUUUUAUUAAAUUAUUUUGCACAAUGAAAAAAUUGAGCAAAGUUAAAGUAUUCAUUAAAUUUUAUAAAUUAGAUGCAAAAUAAAGCUGACAAUUAUUAUUAUUAUUCUUCUAAUGUUAAUUAAUGUCGUAUAAAACUUGAAAAUGUUUGAUGUUCGAUUGUAUGAAUUAUGUUCGACACAAAAUAGUUGAUUUCUUUUAUUAAAACUGCCAAUUAUGUCUUGUUGGUUUUAUAUGAAAUAAUAAACGUACAUCUUGCAACGUUGCUUGCAUAAGAGUUUCAAAAGUAUCAAUAUGUAAAUAAAAAUUGUAUACUUGAUGACUCGUGAUUCAAAAUCAUUUCAUCAAUGUAAAUUCACCUGUAAAUUAUAACACAUAAUUACGCGCAAUUAAUAAAUUUUGACUGGUAAAAGCUCUUGUGAUACUAGUUGUAUAAGAUAAAAAAAUUAAGAUAUAUACUUACUGUGUAAAGGACAAUUGAAUAAGUGGGUUUAACAAUGGCUUAUUUUUCUAUUUAAAAAUAAAUAUUGCGCAGUCGAAGUUUAUCGAAUUUAUUAAAACAAAUUCGUUUAUUAUUAAUUUGUGUAUUUUGGUGUGCAACUGUUUGAAACAAUAAACAACUUUGCCACAUAUCUAUAUUUGACUUAUGUAUAUAAAUGUUUCUAGAAUUAAUUUACUUAAGUAUAAGAAUCACUGUUUAUUUACUUAACUCGAUGAUCUUACAAGCAUAGAAGCUUUUCAAGUGCAACGGCAUAGGCCCAUUGUAAAACGUAACUUUGUACAAACAAUGGUAACAAAUAGUAUUGAUUGAAAAUGUAUCAAUAAAAAUUGAUGAAAAAAUCAUAA